AUGGCUUCACAGGUUUCACAAUGGCGGGAGCCAAUUGCCAUUGUGAGCAUGGCUUGUCGUCUUCCAGGCGGCAUCGACAAACCACUAGACCUGUGGGACCAUGUUCGAGCAGGACGUUCGUCGGCCACGGCGAUACCAAAGGAUCGGUUCAAUGCCGAGAACUUUCUAUCCAUGGAUCCCAAUCAGAAGGGAGCUCAGGCGUUUCGAGGUGCCCACUUUGUCAAGAGGGACAUCAAGCAGUUCGAUCACAAGUUCUUUGGUAUAAGCAAAGACACGGCAACAGCCAUGGAUCCACAGCAGAAGCAAUUGCUUGAGGUUGUCUACGAAUGUCUCGAGUCAGCUAACAUCUCCAUGGAAACAAUCUCCAAGUCAAAGAUUGGCUGCUAUUGCGCCAUGUUUGUGGCCGAUUAUCACGACAUGCUGAUGCAGGACCCUGAAUAUCUUCCAACCUUUAUCGCCAUUGGAACAACACGGACCAUGCUUGCAAACCGCAUCAGUCAUGCGCUUGAUCUUGGUGGUCCCAGUGUCACCAUCGACACAGCCUGUUCCGGCGCUCUGGUUGCCCUGCACCUCGCCUGCCAAGCACUGCAGGCUGGGGAAUGUGACGGCGCUGUGAUUGGUGCAUCCAACCUUUUUCUGAGCCCAGAUUAUGCACUGUCCUUGACACGUCUUGGCGCUAUUGCUGCAGAUGGCCAGUGUAAGACAUUUGACGCCAGCGCUAAUGGAUAUGGGCGUGGUGAAGGAACCAACGCCGUCUAUGUAAAAAGACUGAGCGAUGCGAUUAGAGAUGGGGAUAAUAUUCGAGCCGUCAUCAGGGGUACUUCAUCUAACAGUUCUGGUGCUACUCCAGCAAUUACGGAACCUUCGGGGCGAGCUCAGGCAGAUACCAUCUUGCAGGCUUAUGCCCAAGCAGGAAUUAACGACUUUAGCGAGACGGGAUACUUUGAGUGUCAUGGAACAGGUACGCCUGUGGGCGAUUGUAUAGAGUUGGGAGCCGUGGGUUCAGUUUUUGCUCCCAGUCACAAAUCCCAAGAUGCACUUUGGGUUGGUUCUACAAAACCGAACGUGGGACACUCAGAAGCUGCCAGUGGUUUGAGCAGUCUCAUCAAGGUAGUUUUAGCCUUGGAAAAGGGAGAGAUUCCUCCCAACACCAACUACAAGACACCCAACCCCAAAAUCGAUUUUGAAGGAUGGAGAGUUCGUGUUCCGACAAGUCCCCAGCCCUGGCCUUCCAAGUCGAUACGCCGAGCAAGCGUCAACUCGCUUGGUAUCGGUGGAUCUACUGCGCAUGCUGUCGUUGAGUUUUACGAGCCGCCCAAAUUGACCAACGGGUCGGCCAAUGGCCACCAUGAGGAGCCCAAAAUGACGAAUGGGUCCGUCAAUGAUCAUCACGAGGAGCCCAAACUCACCAACGGGUCUGUCAAUGGCCAUCAUGAAGAAGCCGACAAGCCGUCCUUCCUUGUGUUCACAUCUGGUGCCUCUCGCAGCUCUCGAGACACAAACACACAGAACCUCCUGGAGUUUCUUAAAACUCACGAUGAAAGCCACAGCUUCACGGAGCCCCUUAUCACAGCGCUGAAUGCUCGAAGCCAGAUCCAUGCCCGGCCAUGGAAGUCGUACGCUGUUGCCCAGACAGUUGACGGUCUCAUCCAGCAGCUGGAGAACAACGCUCUGAAAUCGAAUUCAACACCCUCCAGUACUGAUGCUCCUCGAAUUUUAUUUGCGUUCACAGGCCAAGGAGCUAUGUGGUCCCAGAUGGGUAAACGUCUUCUCGAGGCAUUCCCUGUGGCGCGCAACACCUUGCACAUUCUUGAUCAGGUCGUUGGAGAACUUCAGUCAUCGAAUAAGUCGGCAUGGUCCCUGAUAGACAAGCUGACUACUGAGCUCUCACAAGAAGAGAUUGACUCCCCGGCACUUGCCCAUCCUCUUUCCAUGGCGGUCCAAAUCGCACUGGCAGAUGUUCUUUCCAGCUGGGGCGUCCUUCCAGAUGCCGUCGUUGGCCAUUCAGGUGGAGAGACGGCCGCUGCGUACGCUUGUGGUGCUCUUACCGCCAAGGAAGCCAUCACGGUCGCUUACUAUCGAGGAAUCGCCUGCGAGAACGCCCCAUCAGGUGCUAUGUUGGCCUGCAGAAGUGCACCAAAGGCGAAAGAGCUGCAAGAUGCAUUGGAGCGACAUGAUGUGCAGAUUGCAUGCUUCAACGGUCCUCAGAAUUUGACUCUCGCAGGCUCUGCUGAGGGAGUUAAGAAUGUGGCCGCCGAGCUUAGCAGUCAUGGCAUUAUGGCCAGGGCCGUCGCUGUGACUCGAGCCUACCACACCCGUGCCAUGAAGAAUGUGGUGGAUGAGUACAUCGGUAACCUCAAGGGUGUUCUGCAUCCAAAGGCAGGACGGGUUCCAAUGUACUCAUCUGUUACGGGUCUCGAGCUGAAGGGGACCGAGGUUGAUGCCGACUACUGGGGGGCAAAUCUCGUAUCCCCAGUUCUUUACACUGAUGCAGUGACUCUUGCCAUGACUCAAGCAGAUCGCAAGCUGGAUCUGUGUGUUGAGCUUGGGCCUCAUUCAUUGCUUUCUCGUCCUACAUCUGAGAUUAUGAAGUCUCUCCCUGAUUCGCCCCAGCUCCCCUAUUUCUCUACCAUGCUUCGAAAUACAGACUCGAGCCAACAGCUGCUGAGCCUUGCCGGAGACUUGGUCCUCAAUGGAAAGCAGCUGGAUCUGAAGCAAGUCAACAGCGCCAGGUCUGGGGGCAAGUCCGGACGUCUCCCCAACGAUCUUCAAGACAACCUUCCCCCUUACGCUUGGGAUUAUUCCUCAACACCGUGGACCGAGCCACGAAACAGCCUGGAAUGGCGGUUCCGUAAAUCACCACGACAUGAGAUUCUAGGAUCUCGUUGUCGAGGAGUGAAUCCAUCAGCUCCCACAUGGAGGAACAAGGUCUCGAUAGAAGAUGCGCCUUGGCUCGUUGAUCAUCAGGUCAAUGGCAUUGUGACAUUUUCCUUCACCACCGGCAUAGCAAUGGUGGUGGAGGCUAUGAUGCAAGUGCAAGAAGAGACCAAAGAGAUUGAUUGGGCCACUCGUUCAUUCGAAUUUGAAGACUUUGUCUUUUCAAAUUCAAUCAUUCUUCCUGACGAAUCACCCAUCGAUCUCUUUCUCACACUGAUCCCGGAAAAUGACAAUGCCAGAUCUGACGAGACGUGGUAUGACUUUACCAUUUCCUCACUCAGAGGUGACGUUGAUAUCCGCCAUUGUCAUGGCAAAGCUGCAGUCCUGGAAACGGGCAAAGAUGAUGGUGCACUUCUGCGCAGAACCUCUUGGCAUCAUAUGCCCCUCAAGGUACCAUUGAAGAGCUACUACAAAACUCUGGAGAGAGUUGGCUAUGGCUAUGGUCCCAAGUUUCAGCUUCUCUCUGAAGUCCGGGUUCGCCCAAGCCUCUCGGCUUGUUCUGCCAAGAUCGACAUGACGUCGGUUGCUCAAUCCCCUGUUCCCGGCCAGCGGUAUCUCUUGCAUCCAGCAAUGAUGGAUGCGGCUCUGCAAACGCCCGCGUUGGCUAAUCGCUCUGGCUACUUCCAAGAGAUCGAUACGUUGCUGCUGCCAUCCAAAAUGAAGAGAAUCUCGAUCCGCAUGCCCGCUGACAACACGGACAUCGCGUCUUGCACUACCAACACAUCGCCCGUGGGCUUUGGCCGGAUAGAAGGCACCGUUGAGUGUUACGAUGCGUCGUCGAGACCUUUCUUUGUCGUGGAAGGUCUGCAGAUGGACAGAGCCACGGGUGAUGACCAAACUACUCUCCCCUGGCUGAGACUCAUCUGGAGACCUGACAUCGGCGACAUCUCGAAUGUUGAGAAUUCCAUCCAGAUCAAGAGUCUUCCAGCAGAGAAGAAGCUUGUCAAUCUCGAGAACUUGGUCAAGGAGCUCAUACCACUCAUCGUCGAGAAUGGUGUCGAAAAAGGCCAAGACUUGGCCCCUCACUUGCAAAAUUACCAUUCGUGGCUGCUUGACCAGGCUGAGUUGCUGAAAGAAAGGCUCGUGGCGCGUCACCAGCAGAAUGGAUUUGCGACAGUACAAGAUGCUAUCGCAAAUGUCGUCUCAAACUCAGGGAUCCCUCAGACUGUCGAUGCAUCUAUCGUAUCUCAGCUGGCCAUCAACAUGGGAAGAAUCUUCCGAGGAGAAGUAGAAGCACUGGCAGUCUGGCUAGAGAACGAUUUGUUGUACAGGUUCUACGAAGAGAGCAUCUUCACCACGAGCAUGAACCAGAAACUCCUUUCUGUUGCUGAGCUCUUGGCACACAAGAAUCCCAACAUGAGAAUAUUGGAGAUUGGAGCUGGAACUGGUGGUGCGACAACUGAGUUGCUGCGCGGUUUCUCCAGGGCUGGAGGGCCAAAUGCUUACCAGUCCUUUACUUUUACAGACAUCUCGGCUGGUUUCUUUGACAAGGCCAAGAAGAAGUUUGCUGAAUGGGACCGGAUCGAGUUCAAGACUCUUGAUAUCGAAAAGGAUCUUUCUCAGCAAGGCUUUACUGAGAACUUGGAGAAGUACGACCUUGUGGUUGCAGCGAAUGUUCUGCACGCAACUUCCGACUUGCCGUUUGCAAUGAAGAAUAUUCGAUCUUUGUUGCGUGACGAUGGAUAUCUCUUGGUGGGUGAACUGUCAGAGGACCUUACUUCGGCCAAUUUUCUUUGGGGACCCUUGACUGGCUGGUGGCUACGCCCUCGAUCACCUGGCCGGUCUGGACCUGGCCUUACCAUGGAUGAAUGGCGUUCAGAGCUCGCUGAAGACUUCGACAGCGUUUCUGAGAUCGAAGCUAGACGCGACAAGAGCGAUGUCGAUCAACUCUCAAGCACCAUCGUCAUGAUGGCCAGAGCAAAGCCGGCUAACUAUACUCCACCCGAGCCACUUUCUGGGGAGAAGGUGCACGUCGUUGGAGUUGGUAGCGAUUCAUCUACACGGGAUGGCAUUGAAAGAUAUCUCGGCAAACGUGGUGUUACUGCAACAUCCAGUCAUCUUGAAGAGCUUGCCUCCCAAGAAUGGUCUGGAGACUGGCUCAUCCUUGUGGACGAGGCUGAAGGAAGCCUUCUUGCUUCUCUUCGACCAGAGCAGCUGGAGGCACUGAAGUCAUUGCUAACUAAACCCAUCAAGUGCAUAUGGGUUACUCAAAAGGUAUAUCUGGAUCCGCAGAAUACGACAGGAGGGCUUGUGACAGGCUUUGCACGAACACUCCGAGGGGAAAACAGUCAACUUGAGCUGUACACCCUGGACUUGACCAGCGAGGGCGAUGCUAUACCCAACAUCCUCUACCACGUCUUGGAACGGAUCCAUUACUCGCAUGACGAUCCAAUUUCCAAACUGGACUACGAAGUGGCAGAGAAGGACGGGCAGCUCUGGACUUGCAGACUUGUGCAGGAUGAUCGUCUGGAAAACGCCUUUGGUCCUGCUCGAAAGAUGGAGGCACCUGUGACGGAGGUGGUGAAGGCUCCUCAUCACUUGGUUGUGGGAGAACCAGGAAUCUUGGAGAGUCUUACCAUGGCGCAAGAUGACGAGUACUCGGCCUUACCGGAUGGGCAUGUUCUUGUUGAGGUCAGAGCCGUCGGACUCGACGAACGGGAUGGAUGGAUCGCCCAGGGAUCUCUUCCGGCGACAGAAUUCGGCCGCGAGUGUUCUGGCAUCGUCACGAGGUGCGCUGCUGAUGUCACGGCAUUCAGCCCGGGAGAUCGAGUUGCCGUCAUUGGUCAAGGGACUUUUGCAACACACUACUUGGCGCUUUCACAUUGCUGUAGGAAGAUACCUGACUGGCUUUCAUUCGAGGAUGCGGCGGCUAUCCCUACAAACUUUGUCACUGCGUUGUACGCCCUGACUACGGCUGUGAGAGUCUCGACAGGCCAGAAAAUCCUCGUCAUCAACGCCACGUCAAGUCAAGGCAUCGCUCUGAUCAAGACGGCAACGGCGCUGAAACUAGAUGUCUCCGCCGCCGUCAGUGACAAAAACGACAAGUCUCUUCUCACCAAACACGGAUUCUGCUCCUCCAAGAUACACGUUGUCCCGGCAAGCACCGGCCGUUCCCGUGCCACUGAUGGUCAAGCGUUCAAGCUCGUGCUUAACACUCGGUCCGGCCAAUAUGCACAGUAUUCUCAUUUGGUGGCGAAUCGUGGAACAUAUAUCGAGAUCGGAUUGGGUGAAACUCUUGACGAUGAAUUCUACCCUCGACCUAACAAGAAUGUCAUGUUUGCUUCCAUUGAUCUGACGGAUGCUCAUAAUGAGAGCAGUCAAGACCUAGGAAAAUUGCUGGAUCAAGUGAUUGAUAUGGUUGAGAGGCGAGAAAUCGAUCUUGACACGUCGGUUUCGGUGGCCGGGCUUCACUCCCUUCUGUCAGCCUUUUCGACACUGUCAGAGGGUGGUCAGGGUAAACAGGUCAUCUCACUUACGAAUGUCGAUGAGGAGCAAUUGAUCAAGACACGACCCAAGACUUCUUCUUUCAGUCCACACAAGACAUACAUCAUCACAGGCGGUCUUGGUGGCUUGGGGCGCGCAAUUGCGGUGUGGAUGGCCAGCUAUGGCGCUCGGAACCUCGUUCUGGCUACCAGUUCGGUUUCAAGGGCUAUGCAGUCUGAUGAUCUUUUGCAACAAUUGUCAUCGUAUGGAUGUAAUGCCAGAGUUGAGGUUUGCGAUGUGGGUGACUUUGCAGCUGUCGAGCGCCUCGUUGCUGCCAUUGAGACUCCUGUCGGUGGAGUUAUUCACUCAGCCCUGAGACUUAGCGACCGAUUUUUCGAGGACAUCACCUUGGAAGACUUCGAUGCUGUAUUCGGUCCAAAAGUCAACGGCACGCUGAACCUCCAUACGUGCCUUCUCAACCACGACCUCGACUUCUUUGUCAUGCUCAGUUCGGGUUGCGGAGUCUUGGGUAACGAGGGUCAGUCGAAUUACUCGGCAAGCAGCACUUUCCUCGACACCUUUGCCAGAUACCGUCAAAGUCUCGGACUCCCAGCCUCAUCUGUUGACCUCGGAUUUGUCGAGGACGUCGGAAACAUCAGCGAGCGUCCCGAGAUCCAGGCUUCUUUGCUAUCCCGUGGGCUCAGGCCCAUCACAGUGAGGGAUGUUCUACGCGUGGUCGAGGGGGCUAUUGCAACGGGUUCGCCCAAGAAUGCAAACCUGACCAGAGACUCUUCCUACGAUGACUUUUCAAAGAGUCAAAUCGUUCUCAGCUUUGGCAUGAUUGACAAGGCUACAGCAGAAUGGCAGUCCUGGGCCAAGGACGCAAAGUUUGGGUUGUUGCGAUCCAGGGCUGCUGACAACGCGGCAAUUGAUUCCGAAUCUGAUGGAGGAGAGAGUGCAGUUCAGACAGCCGUCAAGGCCUUCCGAAACACUCUGGGGCGGGUUGCUGAUGUGCCAGAGGGCAAAGAGGCGGCUUUGCAGCCCGUUGUUUGUUCUGCUCUCGUUGCCAAGUUGGCACAGGUGCUGUCGAUGAAGGUUGGCGAGAUCCAACCUACGAGAUCGGCAGUCCAGUAUGGCAUGGAUUCGCUCAUUGCCAUCGAGGUUAGAUCUUGGGCAAGAUACGCGUUCCAGAUUGAUUUGCCCAUCAAUGAUUUGACGAACCCGUAUAGCAUCCAGGAUCUGGCAGCUAGGGUUUCUCGAAUGAUUGUAUGA